CCGUGAUAUGAGUGCGCAAUUACACAUAGCAAUCGCAGUGGUUCAUAAUCAAUUCUAAUAGCAGAACGUACUCGCCCGCGAGGUUUUUUUUGGCACUUCAGCAUUGGGCCGAGACGUGUGCCAAAGCGAUGGUGCUUUCGUUUGGAGCUCCGCUUGGACAUCGUGUUAAUCAGCUUACAAAAGCCUCAUGCUCGCUCUUGAGAAUAUGUUAUGCUUUAGUUGACAAUAACUUUGGUGCAUGUUUACCGACCAGGAGACUGCUCAGUUCGAGUCGUGUACUCAUAAGCGAACAUCGAGAGCGGACAGCACAGAUCCGUAUAGGCCAGGUGGAGAUAGACAGGUACAAGCCCAAACACCCGGAGAAUGUGCCUGCCAAUUACACACACCAGAUACCGUCGCAAUCUGAUCUGCGAGUGCUACGAUGGAUUAUACAGAAAGACAAACUGGCACAGGACAUGUUCUUGGUUGGGCCUCCGGGGCCCGAGGCCAGGCGUUUAGGACUGUGGUACGCCGAAAUGACCGGUCGGGAAGUGGAAGUAGUGGCACUCUCGAAAGACACCACCGAAUCGGACCUCAAGCAGCGCCGCGAGAUUAAGAAUGAGAGUGUGCUAUACGUUGACCAAGCACCUGUGCGCGCGGCCAUGAAGGGCAGCCUGUUGAUUCUCGACGGCAUAGAAAAAGCCGAGAGAAAUGUGUUGCCCACAUUGAAUAAUCUGUUGGAAAAUCGUGAAAUGGCUCUCUCGGACGGGAGGUUCCUCUGCAAUCCCGACAGAUAUGACAAAUUGGUGGCUGAGGGACAAACUGUGGCUCAACUGGACCGCGAGCAGUUGGUUAGAGUUCAUCCAGACUUCCGAGUGCUGGCCAUAGGACUGCCCGUACCGUCAUUUCCUGGAUACCCGCUUGAUCCUCCACUCAGGUCGCGUUUCCAAGCAGCCGAGGUGACGGCCCCAACAGUCGCGGAUGUGCUGCGCCAAGCGCGGCCCUCCAGCGACUACAGUGUCACACACACCCCGCCUAUCCAUACACACACACAAGCUCACUCACAAGCAUACACUGAGGAAGCUGCCAUACAUAGAGAGCGAAUCACCACCAAAGGCGUGCGCGAGCUUAUCGCCCUAUCCACCUCUCUGCGCAUGGCACACAACAACAGCCUCGUGCGUACAAGCACAGCGCGACCGUUAUAUUUGAGUCACGAAAGUGUUAUGAGCGGUGCGCGUGUGCUGAAUGCCUUGGCAUACACACCGCUGAGAGACGUGAUUGGGCGCGUGUAUCCGUACUGGGCCAUGACAGCUGAGCAGAGCGCCGCGGUGACUGGGGCUCUGGAUAGGAUGCUACCGAAAGGAGACAUCACGCCGAGAUACAAUCUUGUUGGCGGUGCCGAGCUCCUGCCUACCCUCGAUCAAUCAAGUCAAACGUGUCAAGCGGUUGUCAGCAUGUCCCUGAGUACAGAUGCGAAAGGUGUCGAAGAUACAGUGUCAUUGGUGGUACCUGUCGGACCCAACUUGAAGUCAAUGGAAACUCCAGCGCUCGCAGUACCAAAUGUCGGAGACAGUUUCCCGAACUUCGGAGACACGUUCAUCGCCACCCCCGCACACGUACAGGUGCUGUCGGAUAUGGUGGUUGACCACUCUCUGGGCAGGGAUCUCUGUUUAGUAGGCGGCAAGGGCGAAGGAAAGAGCGUGCUAGCGAGAGCGUUUGGAGCGUAUCUGGGGUAUCAGACCGAAACCAUUCAGUUGUUCAAAGACAUGACCGCCCGUGAUCUGCUGCAACGGAGGAGCACGUGCGCAGUGACUGGAGAUACCACGUGGCACGACUCGCCCAUCGUCACAGCGGCUCUGAGUGGCCAGUUGGCUGUGCUGGAUGGGCUGCACCGCCUGCCGUUCGACACUUUGGUGGUGCUGCAUCGAUUGAUCUACGAUCGAGAACUGCAGCUCUUCGAUGGCGUCAGACUAGUCAGCCAGAAUCGAUACAGGACUCUGAAAGAGCGUUGUCAUGGCAACCAAGCCAGCCUGGCGCAGCUGGAGAACAUCGUGCGCGUCAUCCACCCUUCAUUCCGCAUUGUGGCGCUUGCUAAUCCUGACACAGGCAGCAGCAGUAAGAAGUGGCUGCAAAGCGAGACUCUGCCUCUCUUCAGCUUCCAUAGGGUAUGGUCGAGAAUACUGGACCGCCCCUGGGCGCUGCACAGUCUCAAUGGGGAAGGUUAUACCGAGAGCGCUUACUUGGAUCUGGGGUUCAUCCCCACCACAGUGGACGCGGAGCUGUCGCGUGUGCCUGUGAAUACGCAAACAGUCAGCGAAGACUUGGAUGGGAGAGUAUCCUCGAGUAGUGUGUUGGUGUCGGUCCUACCUUCCAGCCAGCUCUUCAAAGUCACGCCUUUGACUGGGGAUUGUGUGGGCUACACAUUGCCUGACGUAUUCCGAGGGCCGCCUGUGCGGAUGCAGUUGCUAUAUGCACGGCCCAAACAAACAGAUCUGAAGCUCGCCUCCCCGACAACUGGGUCCAAUUUUGGUGUUUACGAGAUAGGCAAACCCGAUUUUCUCGUUUUGGAUUUAGAGACCGAAAGAUGGUCGCACUUUUUUGUAGAGGAUCUGGAAGGAAAUCCCGAAGCCGUGGCCAGUGUCAAAUCCUUAAGCGCCAACAUGCUAUCGAUUACCACUACUGGAGGCGGUAUUGUGAUGCUCGACACCGAAACUAAAGAGAUGCGAACUUUGGCCCAACCGUUGGGCGAGUGGGAAGACUCGGUCGUGGCAACAGAAUUGGCCGCUCCGCAUGAGACAUACGGCGCUUGGCUCGAACCCAUUCAGGGCCGUCUGCAUUCUAGUGUGACUUCGGGGGAUUCAAGUAGCGCGUCACCGCGUACCUUUGUCACACACAAACACGACAUCUCCAGCGCGGACUUGCCGCCCGCAUGGGACGGAGCCACAUUCCUUGCACUACACACACACGGAAUGCCCCAAAGUAAUAUGCAGGGCACAGUCUCUGCGCUGAUUGGUUCGCCCGACAAGGUCAGCGUCGUCGACCUGGCAUCCAAUCAUCUGCGGUAUCUAAAUAUAGCAACCAAUGGGAACGAACAAAAUCUAACUGAGGGCAAGGACACCCAAGAGGAUCCGUUGGCUGGCCUGAGCCCACUACCAUGGUUACAUCAGCAGAUGGGACAGGUAGUGACUGUGCAGCGGAGUGGAUAUGUGCGCAUGUGGGAAGUCGACGAGGAUGUGUUAAAGGAUGGGCUCGACACUUGGAUGACCAUGAUGGGAGUGCAGCACAACCAGCCACUAACACUCAGCAUCACCGAAGAAGAACCCGAACACAACAUACACGGCAAGGAAUCAUCUGUCUCUAAUCCGAAAAACCGCUCUAAAAUGGGAGCCAUGCCUGGCGCUGGACGAACGGGCGGUGGCGGCGAUGAAGCACAGAAAGGUGGCGGAGGUGGUGGGGGUGGAGAAGGUGGUGCCAGUGGUACAGGGGCUGGUGGAGGCGAGGGCGCCGACAAAAAAAGCGACGGCUUUGGAGGCUAUCAGCGCGACGACAGUGGACAAAUCCAAUUGGACGAGACCCACGAUGCUGCCGAGGUACAGGAAAUGGCUCUCAAAGCUCUUGACCCAGAGGUUCGGAAGCAGUUGACGAAGAUGAAGAAAACAAAGAACAUUCACGGGAGGUACCAGAACAUUCUCGAAGUGGUGCAAAGGCCCAUCAAGCAGCUGCGGGUGGUGCUGGAAAGCGUUCGCGCGAAAGAGAAGGAGCGAGAGUGGAUUAACAACCAGAACCAGGGCGACCUGGAUGAUGCCAAACUACUAGACGGUCUUCUGGGUGAAGAGAACAUAUACAAACGACGGGGUGAGCCAGAUCAGCAAAUGGGACUGCACCAAGCCAAACCCAAGCGGAUGGCAUUUGUAGUGGACCUUUCUGCGUCUAUGUCUCGUUUCAAUGACUGGGAUAAGCGGUUAGAUAGGCUUGCCGAUGCGAUGGUUAUGGUAAUGGAGAGUCUCGCUGGCUCGGAGCACAAAUACCACUACUCCAUUGUGGGACAUUCCGGAUCCACUCCGACCAUUCCAUUGGUGGCCUAUGGUAAACCACCGGCCAAUGAGAACGAGCGAAUGGAUGUUGUCAGCAAGAUGUACGGAUACGCCGGAGGAUCCGUGAGCGGUGAUAAUACGCUCAAUGCGGCACGUAUAGCUGUGGAAGAAGUGACAGCCGAGGAAGCGGAUGACUACUACGUAUUUGUCGUAAGCGACGCUAACGUCGGUCGAUACGACAUCACUCCCACCACGUUUGGGGCCAUUCUCUCCAAGGACGAACGGGUCAAUGCGUACGCCAUUUUUAUUGCCGAAAGGGGUGCAGCCGAUUAUCUUAUCAAUGGGCUUCCCUUCGGUCAUGGAUUUGUGUGCGAAGAAACCGAAACGUUGCCCACAGUGUUCAAAGACAUAUUCACGCGUGCUACAAUGGAUGACUGAUGGAGCCGCGGCCAUCUCAUUGAAUUCGUACAUCACACAAAUACUAGUGAGUGGGUGAGAAACUAUAAUAUAUAAUUGGUAUAAAUGAAUUUGCCUGGGGAGGUUACACAGAUAUGCGAAGUUGCCACAGAAAACCUGAGUUGAUUUGAAAAUGAGAAGCGAGCACUAGCACUUUGAGUUUACACGCUUGUACAGAAG